AUGGCCGCCACGAAAGAUAGACAGUUGUUUCGCCAUCUCCUCAGAUUGUCCCGGUUUGACAGAUACAACCCCCUCUUCACCACCUUUGCCGGAUUAUGGUCCACGCUCCUGGCCGGAGGCGCCAAGAUGGCCGAGCAGCGCUCCGACAUGUCGGUUGCCACCGUCUUCCAGCAGUGCGCCCUGUGCUUCGUUGCCUCGUACCUGUUCUGCGGCGCCGGCAUGGUCUGGAACGAUUGGAUCGACCGCGACAUCGAUGCCAACGUGGCCCGGACAAAGGAGCGACCGCUGGCGUCCGGCAAGGUCACCGCGACCGAGGCCAUGGUAUGGAUGGUGCUGCAGGCCGCUCUGUCCUGGGGCGUGCUGGAGGUGAUGCUUGAUGGCAAAGACGUGGCUAAACACUUUAUACCCGUCGCCGCGGCCUCCGUCCUCUAUCCCUUUGGCAAGCGGUCACUCGCCCGGAUGCUCGGGAUCUACCCGCAAUACAUCCUGGCCUUCACCAUCGCCUGGCCCGCCGUCAUAGGACGCGCCGCCAUCUACGGCCAGUACGAGUCCUAUGCCGAGACCCUGCGCCAGUGCCUCCCCCUCUGCACCAUGGUCUUCUUCUGGACCAUCUACCUGAACACGGCCUACAGCUACCAGGAUGUGGUGGACGACCGGAAGCUGGGCGUGAACUCCUUCUACAAUAUCGCCGGGAAGCACAUUCACCUCUUGCUCGUCGCCCUCGUCAGCCCUAUCCUGGUGUGCCUGCCCAUCUAUCUUUUUGAGCUGCAUUCUCUCUGGCUGUGGCUUAGUUGGAUGGGGGUCUGGACCGCGUCCCUGGCACAACAGCUGGUGCAGUUCGACCCGAAGCAGCCUGCCAGCGGAGGAUCCAUUCAUAGGAGCAACUUCAUCCUGGGCAUCUGGACGAUUCUCGCCUGCGUUGUCCAGGUUUUUCUCACGGGCAGCGCGUGA